UCACUUUUAAUACAUAUGUAACUCUCUCCGCACAAUACACACAUUCACCAGCACUGAGGAGGCUGCGCCAGCACCCACUUCGUCGGCGCAGAACUUUCCCUUCUCCACAUCGGGCACCGCCGUCACCUUCAUUUGGGUCUGCUGAAGUCCAGCUUAGCACGACUGCACCUUUGUGCUCCCCCCUCGGCCAGCGCCCCUUCUCCCUUUCCUUUGUACACACCACACCUCGACUGGCAGCAAACACACACUACCACCAUGGACUCCAUGCGGCACCUCUCGACAUCGCUGCCACGUCAGAGGGGCGAGUAUGACCUUGCCGCCGACUUUCGAAAUGCCGCCAGAAGCGUCACCGAUCUAUACAGAAAUGCCGUAGCGAGCCAGAAUACAGCACGAGCAGGCGGAUACCAAGAUGCUUUGGAUGACUUGUUGGCAUUUUUGGACAAGGAGAAUCUCGGUCUCAUGGAUGGCGAGGGUUGGAGAGUGAGGCAGUGGGCCACCGAGCGAUUGGAUACAGACCCCACACGCCAGGCAGGUGCCGCUCAUGCAGAAGACGACGAUGAUACGAACAUUACCACCGUCAAGGACGACGACAAAGCCACCGAGCGAAGUUCGAGCCCAGAAGUCCAGAGAAAACCACAUCUGCCGCUCUCAAGUAGUGAUCUUGCCGAAGAGAUCUCCACACCACGACGAGUCGUAUCUGAGCCACCACAGGCACCAUUGCACCAACGAUCACUACCACAGAGCGACUUCACCUUCGAGUCAAACCACGCAUACCCAGUCUCAACCCAUGACAGAGAUACGAACGCAGACAUGGAGAUGGACGCCUCAAACCCAGCACCACCAAUCCAAGCUUUCACCGCCUCUUCCAACCCAUCUAGUGCCGAAGCAGUCCGCAUCGUCCAGCGACCGACUCGAAGCACCCGCCACUCCAACCACAACAGACGGAACAAUGGCAGCAACACACCGACACUGAGUUUCAACCUCGGAGCAGCAUCUGGCAGCAAGCGCAAAAUUCCUUACCCAGACUUUUUUGACAUUUCCGGUAUCAACGAUGGCAGCGAUCGCAAGGAUGGCAGUGGAACAGGUAGAGGUGGGAAGCGCAGGCAUGUGUGAAGCAAAUGAGUGCGGAUAUGUGAUUUGAAGUCAAGCGUUAUGACAGACAUAGCAUUCAGAGCAUCAUGGGAACGUCUAGACGGCUGAUGAUUCGGGUUCGGGCAGGAAUGCAUUUCACAGGAGGAGUUGAUCGUGUUUUUGAUGAUCGAUAAAGAUACCCCGUUGGUGCAUUGACGCAGACCACGCAUAUUGAUAGGAUGGCAAUUUCGAUUCUACUUGUGCAUAGUCUUGACGAACUAAAGAGCAGCUCUUUGUGAGCCCUUUUGGCAAGUUCAGCAUAUUCAUAUUACUAAACCCCAUACGUUUGGUCGUGCUCUAAG